AUGGGAAGCUAACCAAAUAAAAACAUGAAAAAUCAAAAACAAAUUGAUUUAAAGCAUCAUAUAAAUAAUUUAACUCGACCAAGAUCUACACCAAUUUGUCCAUAUAAUCCAAAUUGUAUUAUUUUAUUUUUUUUAUAUAGCUUCUAAUACACAAUAUAAUGUUACAAUAAAUAAUGUUUUAUUUUUAGUAGUAAAUCCUCCGGAAGACAAUGAUACCAUUACAAUGGCUGAAAAUUUUGAUGAAGUCUGA